GGUCACAAGUAAAACCUACACCACCAUCAUCGCCUUACUAUCGACGGCGAAGAAGCAGAUAAAGCUUUUCUUUCCCACCAUCAACCUCUCUUCCAAUGGCAGCCUCUGCAACCUCUCUUCCAUCUUCCCUCUCGCUGGCCCUUCUCCUCCUGCUCCUAAUAAGCAUGGUCUCCUCGUCGCGAGCGAGCGAGGUCGUCGUGGGGGGAGCCGCCAACGGCGGCGGGUGGAGGAUCCCCUCCUCGGAGACGGCCUACACCCUCAACGCCUGGGCCGAGAGCUCCCGCUUCCAGAUAGGCGACGCCCUCGUCUUCAAGUACGACGCCGCCCAGGACUCCGUCCUCCAGGUCACCAGGGCCGACUACCUGAGCUGCAGCGCCUCCAGCCCCGUGGCGCAGUACGUCAAUAAGGGCGGCGAGGCCAAGGUGGAGCUGGAGAGGUCGGGCCCCUACUACUUCAUCAGCGGGGCCCCGGGUCACUGCGAGAAGGGCCAGAAGUUGAUCGUCCUCGUGUUGUCGCCCAGGAAUGCCUACGCCAGGGUGAGCUCUCCGGCUCCCGCUCCUGCUCCGGCGGAGCACGAGGGGCCGGCAGUGGCUCCGACCAGUGGGGCUGCGAGACUGGGCCUCGAGAAGGGUUUGGGCUUGGCGGCGGGCUCGAUGUUGGCGGUCUUCGGCUUGGGCUUGUUUUGAGUUGAAGAUACAGGAUUUCCGAUUUGUGUGGGGGAUGGGAUGGAAUUGUGAUGUUCCCUUCUCGAUUUGUUUACCAUGAUUCGUUCAUUCUUUGGAAUUUUGCAGGCUAUCGAAUUUAACAUGUAUUACUGUUGGCUUGA